UUACACGUCCUCAGGAUCUCGGUAGACGCCUAAGUGAACGCCUGUGUCUGUGUCUUCUGCUGAAUCUCAAAAAUGGAUUUAUCCACUUUAGACAUGGAAAACCGAGAUCCCAACUCCAUCAAUGACCAUUUAAAGACAGGAUUUGAGGACGUGAUUGCUGAGACUGACGGUACCCACAGCAGUAACUGUGUGUGGAAGGCGUCCUACUUCUGCUUCCAUGGCUGCAAGUCCUGCUGCUACAACCUCUUCGCCAUCCUCAUAGGAAUCUUCCUCGCCAUUGGAUGGGGAAUACAGUUUGCCUUCAUCGCUUUCGCCCACGUAUGGUGUGUAACCCCUAUCCUGCGUGUCUGCAUGAUUCACUGCAAUCUUUGCCAGAAGACCUUCGGAACCUGCGUCAACUGCUGCUGUGCUCCAUUCUGUGAAGUUUUCAGCCUAUUAUUCUCUAAUAUAAGAAUAGAGAAAAAAUAACAACAGCGUUAACAUAUGACUGAGUUAAAUGUUUGAGACAUGAAUUCAAAAAUGGUCUUCCACAUAUCAGCAAACUAUGAAACCCGUAUUUUGGGAUGAGUUUUUUUUUUAAAAUCUGGAUUUAAAGCUGUGUGCCUGGGAUUUCUGAAUUAUCUUCCGUAUAUUCUGUGUUUUGAUACAAAUAAAUGAAUGUAAAUUGAUAUAAAAUAUAUUUAUUUAAACUAUAAAUUGGAUUGAACAACAAGUAUAAUUGCCUAUGAUCGUUCUCUCCAUAGGAUGAAUGUUAAUUGAUGUAUACAAGUUCCUUCAAAUUUAAAACAUUCAUCUUUUCGAUGUAAUAUUUUAAGGUUGUAUUCCAAAAUAAAAAGAUAACUGAAUUUUA